CAACAGUCUAAAACCAGAAAACAUGGCGCUGGAAACAUGUAUUGCGUUUUUAUUAGCAGACAGUUAUGAUGUUGAAGAUUUCUUAUUUUUCAAGAAAAAUGCGAAUCGCAAACGUCGGAAAAUAAGAAAGAAGUUGAAAACGGAACCAAGUGAUAAUCUGCAAAUGUAAGAUGAUCCACCCAGUAUUUGAUGUAAGAGAAGAUGACAAAAGAGAUGUUUUCAAUGCCGUGCUGCAAAGCUUGACAAUAAGUGAUUUUAAGAGUCACUUCCAGCUGACGCCAUCUCAAACUGAGGAUUUGGUACGACUGCUGGCACCUUGUGAAUGGACCGCCAUUAGGGAAGAGCGAUGGACAGUGUGGCAUGCUGUGCUUGCUAGUCUGUGGGCUCUUUCUACCCAAGAGUCUUACCACAGUGUGGCAAACCGCUUCCACAUCACAGAGUCACUCAUUUGUGAUCAGCUGGAUGAAUUCUGCACCUUUGUUUCCAGCCACUUGGCUAAUGAAAUUCACUGGCCUCAAGAGGAGGAAGCAGAAAUGUCUGUGGUGGGGUUCUUUUCUAAUGUGGGGUUACCAGAUACUCUCUGUGUAGUAGGAACAUGUUUCAUUCCUUGUGAGAAACCUAUUGAUGUGCCAGAUCCAGAGGCAUAUAAAGACCCAAAGGGGUCUUACUCUGUAAAACUCAUGGCUUUUUGCAACCACAAGGGUCGGUUUACUUACGUGUCCGCAGAGCACCCUAGAAACUGGCCUAACUCAAGAAUCCUGUCAGCCACAGAGUUGGGCAAGGCAUUGCAGGAAGACCCCAUGGCUCUGCUACAUGGUAAACACAUCAUUGGCAAUUCCACCUUCGCACUUUCAGAGCACUUUCUGACUCCGUUCCCCGAUUAUGCAACACUAGGACAGAAAAAGUGUGCUAUAACCAGAAAAUGCAGUCAUCUCUUGCAGUGGCGCAAGGCUCCAUCCAUACUCUGAGAUCUUGUUUUCAGAGGCUCAGAUGUCUGCAACUGCAUUCAGUUUGCCAAACCAGUUUGGCUGUGAAGACCUGCUGUAUUUUAUACAACAUGUUUCUAGAAACAUAUAAUGUGCCAGUGGACUGCAUUGAGGAUGAUGUAACUCAAAAACCUUUCCAUGAACUACCCUACGGACACUCUGGAAGUCUUGGUGGAAUAUCUAAAAGACAAGACAUCGCAGCCUCACUUGGGCGAACAACUAAAAAAAGAAAAUGUAUGUACAAUUAGAGAAGUAUUUUGAAGUACUGUUGCAUAUGAUAAUGAAUGCAAUACACUGACAAAAUGUUAAACACUACCAGUCAAUAGUUUUUGAACAGUAAGAUUUUUUUAAAAGAAAUCUCUUCUGCUCUCUAAGCCUGCAUUUAUUUGAUCUAAAAAAAAAAAUACAGGAAAAACAGUAAUAUUGUACAAUUUGUUUGCUAUAACUGCUUUCUGUGAAUGUAUUUGAAAAUGUAAUUUAUUCCUGUGAUCAAAGCUAAAUCCUUCAGAAAUCAAUCAGAUAUGUUGAUUUGAUUUUAAGAAAUUUUUUAUUAUUAUUAUUAAUAUUUUCUUUUUCUUUUUUUUGGAGAAAGAAAUGAUAGAAAUGAAUACCUUUAUUUAACAAGGAUGCUUUCAAUUAAUCACAAGUGAUGAAGACAUUUAUAAUUUUACAGAAGAUUUCCAUUUCAGAUCAUUGCUGAAUUUUCUAUUCAUCAAAGAAACCUGAAAAAUUCUACUCAGCUAUUUUUAACAUAAUAAUAAUAAAUGUUUUGUGAGCAGAUAAUCAGAAUAUUAGAAUGACUUCUGAAGGGUCAUGUGACUGGAGUAAUGGUGCUAAAAAUUCAGCUUUGAAAUCACAGUAAUAAAUUACAUUUUAAAAUAUAUUCAAACAGAAAGCAGUUAUUGUAAAUAGUAAAAUAUUCCACAAUAUUACUUUGGAUGAAAUAAAUGCAGGCUUGGUGAGCAGAAGAGAAAAAUCUUAUUAUUCAAACACUUUUGACUGGUAGUUUACUGGUAAUCUUUAUAAUUACUGCAGUAUGUUUUUUUUGCUAUAUGUUAGAAUGUUGUCAGCAAAAUACAUAUUCAAGGAUAAGUGUUUGUAUAAUAAAAUCUUAUUUUUCAAAAGGAU